GUGGUGGAGUGUAGAAAGCAGACCAUUCGCCCUGGUGCAGGCUGCUGUUGUAGCUGGACACACCUUUUGCCUUGCACUCUAGAAAAAGGGAAAGCUAAGCUAUACAGAGAACACGACAGAGAGAGCCUCUAAAGGCAUACCUUCUGUAGUUCCAGCAAAGUGGUCCUCUGUAGAAAAUUGCUGGGCAUGGCUUCAAUCAGAACCAUUCCUUAUGGAUUCAACACAAAUUAUGAGACUGUCAUAAAGAUCAUUGGGAGUAAAUAUGUCCGAUGCCUUGCUGAAAAAUCUGAUGGCAAAGCAAAGGAGGGUGUGAAAGCUGAAAUGCAAUCCGUGCUCAAAACAUUACCCCUAUGUAAUAUGAGACAAACACAUGGGAACCCUCCAAGCCUCAAUAAGCCUCCUUGUCAACAAAUCGAUGAUGGUCUCGAUGGGGAACAACAGAACAAAGGUGAAAUGGAUGAACACAAGUCUAAACAAGCAGAGACAAACAAGAGUAGAUUUGUGGACAGCAAAGUGAGUUGCUACAACUGUCAGGGUUUAGAAUCACCAAAUAUGCAUUGUGUCACUGUUCCUUCUGGAGAUAAGUCUUUGUCCUACAUUCAUACCCUUCAAAAACCAUCCAUUGGAGCGCAGACUUUAAAGCAACUGGAAAGGCAACAGGAUACUACACAAGAGUUCAUGGAACCAUAUGAGGAAAAUGAUUCUCUUCUGAUUCUCCUGAGCAAAGAACUGGAGCUGCAUCCCUUGAGUAUGACUACCCUGGAAAAACUACAGGAAGAGUUUAAGGUUUUGGACCCCAGAGUUUCAGGGCUUCUUUCUCAGGCACAGCUGAGCCACCUUCUUCUGAAGCAUGAGGUCCCUCUGCAAUUACCGACAGUCAAACUCCUUUUCAAGAGAUUUUCCAAGGCAAAUGACCGAGAAUUGGUCAACUAUGAAAAAUUGCUCCAUUUUUUAACCCUCGUGGCAGCAAAUAAAAUGCAGCCAGAACAAGCCAUUCCAGAGAAGAGUCAAAAUGUACAGAAUCACAGUAAAAGUUCUUGGACUCCCGGAGUUGCAUUCCAGGCCUUGAAGCAAAUAUUGAAGGAACGUGGAGAGCUGGACUUUGGAAAGUUAAGUCUGAGUUUUCUACAACAAGACAAAACAUGCUCAGGUCUUCUUUCACUCUCAGAGACAGAGAUUAUUUGCCAGCAGCACAGAUUAACUCUACAUCCUGGGAUGCUGGAAACUUUGGUUAGCACCUAUGAGUUUGGUAGAAGGGGCAGAAUACGAUGGAAAAUGUUUGUGGAGUUUCUGAAGAAAGUUCAGACUGGGAUCGAUCCUGCUUUGCUUGUCUGCAGAAGAGGCAACAAAGAGAAAAGUGAAGAUGAUUCUCAGGAUAAAGGACAGCUGCUAAAGACUUGGGAGCAAAUCAAGUAUUAUACAUCUGACUCCAGUGAUUCGGAGGAACAAGAUGCCUGGAUAGAUCGGUUCAGAAAACUGGAGAGAGCCCUUUAUCUGUCUGAUAUCAAAAACACAGGCAAGUUAGAAAAGGAAAAAGCUAAGCGUUUGAUCCAUAACUACAAUCAAAUAUAUGAUCUGUGCCUUAGUCCACUGAAAAUUGAUAAAGCCUUCCGAUCUUUCCGUCCUGGACAAGACAUGCCAUUGGAACCUCUGCUGCAUUACUUAAAGGAGCUGUAACUUGUACUUAUGAGAGUACCUGUCGUCAUCAUCUCACGUUGUUUAGCUAUCAAUGUUCUUACUGAUUCAUUAUCUACAAAGUUUUCUUCUCUCAUUCAUUCUUCAUUUUUGAAUAAGAUGAAACAGAAAAUAACCCCGCAACUUACUGCACUUUCCAUACUGCAUUUUCCAUUUUUUAAUAUAUCUUUCUGCUUGAAAUGUAAUUGCUGUGAAGACACUUUAGUCCAGAUUUUCUACAUCAAAGUUCUUGACAUAAUUUUCACCAGAGAAAUCUGUUCUUUUUGAUACAGAACUGGUGAUUAUUUCCUUUGGGUCUCAUCCCAGCUGUUAACAUUGUCAAAAGUUGAUUCUCAAUGAAGUUUUGUAUCAAGGAGGUGGAUGGAUAAAAGAGAGCGGAUUAGAAGAAACUGUGUCUAAGAUGCAUUUUUCAAACUAUUAUAUAUACACAUCUACUGAGUUUUCCUAUUUUAAUUAACAUAAGCAAUCUCAUCAGUAACCUGAUGUAAAAAUAAAUGAUAAUAAAUAAAUAAAUAAAUAAAUAAUAGUCAUUGUACAUAGUCAUUGGGAAAAAUCCCUGCCUGGAAUACUGGAGAGCUGUUGCCAGACAGUGUAGAUAAUACUGAAUAAUAUGGACCAAUAGUCUGACUCAUA